UUUUGGGUUUACAGCUUUGUUUUGUUUUGGUUUUUGUACGCGUGAUUUUUUCCGCUCGUGAGCCAAUCGUGACUUGCAAUUUGUCCAUCGCUAAUAAAUAAACGCAAAGUGGCAACGCCACCAUGGCCUCUGUUUCACAAGCAAACGACGUGAAUGGGAAUACAACAAAAUCAAUAGUUUUAUAAAAACAAAAUAUAUUUCGCGUACUUAAAGUUAGUUACCUAUACCACCCCCAUAUGGACUGCUGUGGCGACGAAGUGCGGAGCGAGAGCAUUUACAGCAUGUUGCAGGCCAUUGUUGACUCCAAAGUGAUCAAUGUCCAGCUGUUCACAAUUGCGGUUGGAGUCUUUUUUCUCAUUCUCCUGCUGAAGAACAAUUUCCGCAGCUUUUCGGGAACAUAAGAGAGAGCGUUAAAAGGGCAGCCAAUUGGGGAGAAAUGGGGUGAUGAAGGAGGACAGUGAGGAUAGUGAGGCGCCUUUUAGUGUUUAAUUUAUAUAAUAAUGUGUACGUGUAAAACAAAUGUAGUUAAGUACUAUAAAAAAAAAAAAAAACACAAAAACUAAUUACAUAUUUUAAAGCGAAUUAGUAUUUGCCACCCAA